UACGCUAAUUUUUGUAGAGACAAAAGUGUUUAAAAAACAGGUUACCAGAAAGGGUAAAGCAAAAAACCCACGCAGACUCACAAUAAAGAGUUGAAGGGUUCAGAAAGCAACUGUUUUUUAAGCUAAAAAGUGAAGUUCAAAGCUGGAUUUUCCAAGGUGUCAACACCCACGUUCAGAUGAUGAAGAAGAAGAUCAAAAUCAACAUCAGGAUCAAUCAUUAGUGGAAAAGCAAGUAAACAGGAGGUUUCCCACCCAAUCCAAAGAAACCCAUUUCCCCAUACCACCUUCUUCUCAAAAUUUGGCACCCAAACAACUCUGCCAUGCCAAAACUACAGAGAGAAUGAGGCUAAAGAGCACAAGAGGAGAGCGAGCAGACCUGCAAGGAGGCCGGAUUCUCCGGUCCACCGGAAGAAAAGACCGGCACAGCAAAAUCUGGACGGCCAAGGGUCCCAAGGACCGGCGGCUCCGUCUAUCAGCUCACACAGCAAUUCAGUUCUACGACGUCCAGGACCGGCUCGGCUGCGACCGGCCGAGCGAAGCCAUCGACUGGCUCAUGAAGGAGGCCAAAUCGGCCAUCGAUGCUCUCGAAUCAGCUGGCCAAAACCCAGAGCAAGAACAGGGGAAAACAGAGCGUUUUCGCUACUGGGGGUAUGGCAUUGGGAAUCAGAGUCAGCCCCAUUUGAAUGAAGAACAACAACUAAAACCACCCAUUAACAGUUUCAGCUUCUUUCUACCAUCAUCUUCAUCUGGGUUUCGAAACGAGGGAAAUUCCAAUGAAUUUCAUCACCAUUUGAGGGCCAUUUCCCCAAGUGAGCCACCGCCACAGCCGCCACCCAUGAGUUGGUCCCAAGCAGUGGAAAGUGGAAAUUCCCAGAGAAUGAUCAGUUGGAAUUCCAAUUCCCACUCCAACUUGCUGCAUAAUACUACUAACAUUGCAGGCCAAGACCAGUUGUUUUCUCGAGGGGGAACCCUUCAGUCCAGUUUUUCUCCAUCAUUUCUUGAUUUGAUGAACUCUCCGAUUUCCAACCUGGGAAAUUAUGAUCAGAUUCCUCAAGUGGGUCCGUCUUCGAAUCCUUUCAGUACUGGAGAUGGGUUUCCUGGGUAUUUCGUUUCCCAUGGGAUUCAAGGAGGGGAGGAAAAGCGUAAGCCAGUUCCAAACAAGACUUCUCCUGCUGCCUCCUCACUACUACAUUAUCAAAAUUAGUGAAACCAAAUGUUGUUAUUCCUUUUCCACAUGGAAAUUGGAGCUGUCGUAUGCAUUCAUAACCAGUGGAAGGAUCAGAAGAUCUUGGUUAAAUCAUGUUAUUUGAUUUUUCAUUCUUUUCAAAAUUUUCAGUAGAUUUGGCUAGUUUGCUGAAUCUUUGUUGGAUUUUCUCCCCCUAGUACUCUUAAUUCAAGUGUAAAGUGGUUGGCACUUUGGUCUCUUUGUUUAAUUUUUAAGACAAGAUUUAUGCUUUCUUUUUA